GUUAAUUAAAAUUUGUGAUUUCAUUUCAGCCAUAUUUUCCUCGUGAAAUUCAAUUUCUCCCUCUCUUUCUGUCUUCCUUCCUAAUCUUAUUAUGUCAGAAGAUUCAAAGCCCGAUGUAAAGCCAGAUGCGGCAGGAUCUGGCGAACACAUCAAUCUCAAAGUAACGGGGCAGGAUAGCUCAGUAGUACAUUUCAAGAUAAAGAAGAACACUCAGUUCAAGAAGCUAAUGACGGCUUAUUGCGACAGACAGGGCUACCAAAGGAACUCCAUUAGGUUCAUAUUCGAUGGUACACAGAUACAAGAGGAUCAAACGCCAAUUGACUUAGAUAUGGAAGAUGAGGAUACCAUAGAAGUGUUCCAGGCGCAAACAGGAGGGGGCAGAGUUUAUUAAUAGCUAUACCUCUAAGCUCAUUCUCAUCUCCCUCCCCCUCUCUCUCUCUUUCUUUGAAAUGUCAACGAAACACCAAAACAGUAUAUGAACUUGCAUACCUAUUAAUAUUAUACCUAGAGGAUUAUUAUUCUUAUUAUUAAUAAUUAUAAUUAUUUUUGCCAGUCAUCUCUCUUCUCUAUCUUUCAUUAUUGAGUUUUUUGCAUUUUUAUUAGUGUUUGUACGAACUUUUCAUUUACAUGUA